CUAACUGAUCCCAUUUUACAGGGAUGAUGAGAUAUCUUAGGGAAAUUCAAACCGAACAUUUUAUCUCACAUUUCCAUAUUUAAAUUAAAUCAUCUGAUCUCAACUACACCAAACAACCCACAAACAUGGCCAGACUUGUGUUUACCCUCUUUGUUUUCUCUGCCUUGGCUGUGCUCUCGGCCGGUGCCCGCCAUCACCAUCAAACCCCAUCACCUUCGCCAUCUUCCGACUGUUCCAUCCUCAUAUUAAACAUGGCCGAUUGUCUUUCUUUCUUGGCUGUCGGAAGCAAUGACACCAAACCCACGUCGGAUUGCUGCUCCGGAUUUAAAAUGGUUUUGAAAGAAGAUGCCAAGUGCAUAUGUCAAUCCAUCAAGAACAGUGCGGAUCUGGGUAUUAACAUGACCAAGGCAGCAACUUUGCCAUCUGCUUGCAAGGUCUCUGCUCCUUCUGUACAAGGCUGUAACGUGUCUCUAUCUCCUGAACCAUCCCCUGUGAAUCCUCCAGAGUCACCACCGGAGCACUCUCCAUCUCCAAGCUUAGCAAGUCCCCCAAGUCCAGCACCGGCAGGGGAAGAAGGAGAUAGUCCAGGUCCAGCAGUGCCUAAAGCUGGGAGUGGGACGUUGUCUGUUUCGUUGGUAGCCAUUUUUACUAGUUUCACUCUGGUUUUAUUCACUUAUAUUUAAGUGUAGGAUUUGUUUUUUAGUGUAGGUUGGUUUGAUUAGAGAGAAAUUUUAUUUUUUGUUUUGAGAUGAA